AUGGAGUCCAAUGUAGACAGUCACCGGUUGAAGAUAUGCAAGCGAUAUUUUUGGACCGAUUCAUCCGUAGUGAUUUCGUGGCUUCAUGCCGACCCACGAAAGUACCGGCAGUAUGUAGGAUUCAGAGUUGGUGAAAUCUUAUCGAAAACUCAAGUCGACGAGUGGCGCUGGAUAGCGUCAAAGCUGAACGUUGCGGAUGCUGCGACAAAGUGGGGCAGUGGUCCCAAUCUCGAUCCGGACAACCAGUGGUUCAAAGGGCCCGAAUUUUUAUACCUACCAGAAUCCGAAUGGCCGUCACGUAAGUUGAAUCUGCCGGAACCAACCGAAGAGGUUAAGAAGGUAUGUGUGCAUCGAGAAAUAGAUCAACCCCUUAUCCCAUACACUACCUUCUCACAAUUCGACAAGCUCGUCAAGCACAUAGCCUAUUUGUUUCAUUUUUACCAUCGCUGUCGAACCAAAAAUAGAACUGAGAGUACCAUACUAUCUGUAUCGCUCGAGCAAAAGGAUUUCGAGUCAGCUGAGGUUUCCUUGUGGAAAAUGGUUCAAGAACAAGAAUUCGGCGAUGAACUCAUGAUUUUGCGAAAGAACAUGUAUCUUCCUUUUGAGAAGCGCAAACGAUUGUUGAGAUCAAGUCCUAUUUUAAAACUCAACCCGAUCCUAGACCCAGAAGGUAUUUUGAGAGCCGAAAGCAGAAUUGGUUCGGACGCGCUCUACUAUCCGUACAACUUUCGUAAUCCGAUAAUUUUGCCGAAGAGCCACCAUGUUACGGAGCUACUUCUGAUGAAGUAUCAUCAACGCUUCGGACAUGCCAAUUCACAAACAGUCCUGAAUGAAAUACAACAAAAGUUCUAUGUGCAAAACCUUCGUACUCUUGUGAAAUCCGUGGUCAGAAAAUGUAUGUGGUGCAGAGUUUAUCGGGCCAAGCCAGCCAGCUGUACCAAAAAUGGCCCCGCUACCUCACCCCCGAAUUCGUCCAUAUUAGUCAAGCGUGGUCGUAGUAAUGUCAAACGUUGGGUGUGUCUGUUCACGUGCUUGACAGUACGCGCCAUCCAUUUAGAAGUCGCUCACUCAUUGUCAACCGAAUCGUGCAUCCGAGCCAUUCGUCGCUUCGUCGCCAAGAGAGGACCGCCACAGCAUAUCUUUAGCGACAAUGGCACGAAUUUUCGAGGUGCUGCCAACGAGCUCGCAAUGCAGAUGAAAGCCAUCAAUAAGGAGGCCGCCAGAACGUUCACCAACGCAGAAACCGAGUGGCACUUCAACCCGCCUUCCACCCCCCACAUGGGUGGGGUGUGGGAAAGAAAAGUCCGUUCAGUGAAGGAUGCCUUUAAGGUAGUUGCACCACGGAAUCGAUUAGACGACGAAGAACUCUUAACGUUUCUGGCUGAGGUCGAGAUCAUCGUCAAUUCGCAUCCUCUUACAUUUGUGCCACUGGACUCUCCGAAUGAUCCUGUACUUACUCCUAAUUGUUUCCUGCUUAUGACAUCGAGUGGUUCCUGUGCACCGAAGGUGGAAAUUGGUUCGACGAGUAACCUGAAAGCUAAUUGGAGAACGAUGGAAGAAAUUUUAAAUCAAUUUUGGAAACGCUGGAUCGAGGGCUAUCUACCAACAAUAGCAAGGCGGACCAAAUGGUACCAUGAUGUUCGACCGUUGCAGGAAGGAGACCUUGUUGUAAUCGUGGACGAGACCGUGAGGAACGGAUGGUUACGAGGGCGUGUAAGCCGUUCUUAUCCAGGAUCUGAUGGGCAAGUUAGGAGAGUAGACGUAGAAACUAGCUCAGGUGUAUUACAGCGAGGAGUUGCCAAGGUAGCACUGUUAGAUCUAGAUGUGACAGGUAAAACCUACUAG